AAUAUACUCUGUGGUUGAAGCUUUAGCAUAGGCUGAACCCUACGAACAAUUUGUUUCUAAAAUUUUGUUUGUAAUCUAAAAAAUUGAACAAAUUGUGUUAUUUAUUUCUAACCUUAUUGAAAAAACUUCUUAUUAAUAUCUAGAAUGCUUUUUAAAACAAUAGUAUAUUAUUUUAUUUUGGUGUAAUAAAACAACGUUAUAAUAAUUGAGAAUGGCUGAAUAUUUAGCGGCUAUUUUUGGUACCGAAAAGGACAAAGUCAAUUGUUCCUUUUAUUUCAAAAUUGGAGCAUGCAGACAUGGCGACAGAUGCUCUAGAAUUCAUAACAAGCCAACCUUUUCCCAGACAGUGCUUCUUCAAAAUCUGUAUGUUAAUCCACAAAACUCUGCAAAAUCUGCUGAUGGGAGUCAUUUGGUAGUGGCUAAUGUAUCAGAUGAAGAGAUGCAGGAGCAUUAUGAUAAUUUUUUUGAAGAUGUCUUUGUUGAAUGCGAAGAUAAAUAUGGAGAAAUUGAGGAAAUGAAUGUUUGUGACAAUCUUGGUGACCAUUUAGUGGGCAAUGUCUAUAUCAAGUUUCGCCGUGAAGAAGAUGCAGAAAAGGCUGUUAAUGACCUAAACAACCGUUGGUUUGGUGGACGGCCAGUCUAUGCCGAACUCUCUCCAGUGACAGAUUUUCGAGAGGCCUGCUGUCGCCAGUAUGAGAUGGGAGAAUGUACUCGUAGUGGAUUUUGUAACUUUAUGCAUCUCAAACCUAUUUCAAGAGAAUUGAGACGGUAUUUAUACGCCCGUCGCAAGGGUGGAAAGCGUUCCCGCUCUCGCUCCCGCGAACGGCGCCGCCGUUCCCGCUCUCGUGAACGUCGUCGUGAACCGCCGCGUAACUCUCGCGCGGGUCGGUACUAAACGUACCACAUACCACACACGUGUGCUGUUUGCAUAGAUAAUUUACCGAGCCUACUUAUACAGAUAUUCAAUUGUCUAUAAGCUUUGUCUAUGAAGUAUAAAACUGAUUAAGAUAUGUUAUUGUCUUUGGUUUACACCAAUACACAUUUAAUAAAAUUUACUUCGACGUUUCUAGUGCUUUGAAACGAUUAUGGUCAGCAAGCAAUGGUAACAUUAAGUUAACAGAUACUUGUUUGAUAUAAAAAAUAAAUUUUUGUUUACAUGCUUUAAGAUAACUCAAGAUUUAUAAUUAUUUAAUUUUUUUCUUAAUAAUAAAAACAUUUAUUUCUCUAUUUGAUGAUGAUGCUAAUUGAAACUUACGUUAAAAUGUAAUUGUUGGAUAUUUUUUCUUAGGAUUAAACUUUGUGAUAUUAAUCCUUCUAAUCUAGAUUAAAGCGCUUACCCUACUAAAGAAAUACUUUAGACCCCAUUGGAAUUACCAAAAUGUAUUAAAAAGAAUCAUAAUUAAGGAAAUAACCAGUUCAAAAUAAUGUGCAAAUAGAAAACGUUUAUAAGGGCACGUGUGUGGAUAAAUAUCCUUUCAUAGCAACAUUACUAAUAUUUCACCUACAUUUUUUCAAAAGUCACUGUCUAAUAUGAAACUCUGAAAUAUGUUCAGAGUUAAAGGGCAAGUAUGAAAAUGAAAGAAAAAUCGGUUUUAAUAUUACUUUGAAUGCGUUUAUUUUUUGUAUGUUAGGUGGAAUAGACAAAGAUUUAAACUUUUGUACGACUCGCUACUCAAUGGUGAGGACUAGGUUUACAAGAUUUUAAAAUUAUAAGUAUCAUUCCUAA